AUGUCUGUACAAGCCCCAUAUCUCCUUUCCAAAUGGUUGGAUCCAGUCUUCAGCAUUGCCGUCGGCGCGGCUGCGUACUACUCGUAUGAAAAGAGGGUUGGCAGAAAAGAAGGUCACACGUUGAAUGAAUUGGUAAUGAAGCGUUUCUUCGAAUCCAAGCGGAACUAA